CGGGUGCGGGUGCGACUGAGCGCGCAGUUGGCAGGUGUGCGCCGGGGGCCUACGGGGCCGUGUCUGUCUGCACACGUGUGUACGCCCCGGUGCCUGCGCUCAGCCGCGUGGAGCUGGGCCGCCCGCCGUGUGCGCGCGCGGGGUCCCGGGCCGGCGUGCGCGCCGGUGUGAGAGCGAGUGAGUGCGGCGCCGCUGCUCCUCCGCCCGCGCAGCCCGCGCAGCCCGCGCAGCCCGCACACUCACACUGCUUGGCUGCUACCGGGUGACGCGGGCUGAGCCCGCCCCCCGCCUGCCGGCCCCGGGCAGCCACUCGCGCCGGCCGCCGCCGAGCAGGCAGCAGCCGCGUCAGGGCCGUCCGGGGGCGCCGCCCGCCAUGGCCGCAGCCCCCGCCGCGCCCCCCCGGGCCCGCUGAGCCGCCCCCGGCCGGGGCCGAGCCGGGCCGCGCCCGGGCCGGGCCGCGCUGCCUGCAUGACCCACCGGCGGCGCGGGGAGAAGGCGACCAUCAGCAUCCAGGAGCAUAUGGCCAUCGACGUGUGCCCCGGCCCCAUCCGGCCCAUCAAGCAGAUCUCCGACUACUUCCCCCGCUUCCCGCGGGGCCUGCCCCCUGCCGCCGGCCCCCGCGCCGCCGCGCCCCCCGACUCGUCCGCGCCGCCCGCAGCCCGCGCCGCGCGCCGCAGCCCCUCCGACGGCGCCCGCGACGACGACGAGGAUGUGGACCAGCUCUUCGGAGCCUACGGCGCCAGCUCGAGCCCCGGCCCCGGCCCCGGCCCCGGCCCCGCGCGGCCGCCCGCCAAGCCGCCCGAGGACGAGCCGGACGCCGACGGCUACGAGUCCGACGACUGCACCGCCCUGGGCACGCUGGACUUCAGCCUGCUCUAUGACCAGGAGAACAAUGCCCUCCACUGCACCAUCAGCAAGGCCAAGGGCCUGAAGCCAAUGGACCACAACGGGCUGGCGGACCCCUAUGUGAAGCUGCACCUGCUGCCGGGAGCCAGUAAGGCAAAUAAGCUCAGAACGAAAACGCUCCGAAACACCCUCAACCCCACGUGGAAUGAGACCCUGACUUACUAUGGGAUCACAGACGAAGACAUGAUCCGGAAGACUCUGCGGAUCUCUGUGUGUGACGAGGACAAAUUCCGUCACAACGAGUUUAUCGGGGAGACCAGAGUGCCCCUGAAGAAGCUGAAACCCAACCACACCAAGACAUUCAGCAUCUGCCUAGAGAAGCAACUGCCGGUGGACAAGACAGAAGACAAGUCCCUGGAGGAGCGGGGCCGCAUCCUCAUCUCCCUCAAGUACAGCUCGCAGAAGCAAGGCCUGCUGGUCGGCAUUGUGCGCUGCGCCCACCUGGCCGCCAUGGACGCCAACGGCUACUCGGACCCUUACGUGAAAACGUACCUGAAGCCAGAUGUGGACAAGAAAUCUAAACACAAGACUGCAGUAAAGAAGAAGACCUUGAACCCUGAGUUCAAUGAGGAGUUCUGCUAUGAGAUUAAGCAUGGGGACCUGGCCAAGAAGACCCUGGAGGUCACCGUUUGGGAUUAUGACAUUGGAAAGUCCAACGAUUUCAUCGGUGGAGUGGUCCUGGGCAUCAACGCCAAGGGUGAGCGCCUGAAACACUGGUUUGACUGCCUGAAGAAUAAGGACAAGCGGAUUGAGCGUUGGCACACGCUUACCAACGAACUCCCAGGAGCCGUGCUCAGUGACUGACCCCACCCACCACCACCCUGCCCCUGCCUGCUGGCCCAGGCCUCCUCAACUGCCACCCAGGGCCUCAGCCCCCACGUUCAGGGGACAGCUGCCUGAACACAGAGCCACAACAGCCCCUGAUGGAGGCUGUGGAGGGCAUGUUGGGCAGAGCUGGGCCUGACUUCAGCCCCCCUGGAGGAAGGGGGAAGAGAAGGAUGAUGUUGGCCUCAGGUCCCUUCUGGGGGAAGUGGUUGAGGCCACCCCAGGGGCAGGGACUCUACUUGGUGUCAUCAGGAAGUCACAGGAGACCCUGGCUGAAGAGCAGGGGCACAGGCCGGCAGGGGGAGGCUGCAGGCAAGGGAAGGAGAGAACUCUAAAGAAAAGGUUGCCCCAAGAGGAGACCCGGCUGCAUAGGUCGCUUGUGGUGUCACUGGGAAAGAAAGUGGGCAAGUUAGCCUGGGAGCCAGCAGUCAGGUGAAGCUGCCCGGGGCUCCCAGUGGACUCGGGCCUAAGCUCCACGCCCCCUGCGGUGACUGAGCCCAGCCUACCCACUUGUACCUCAGCUAGUGUGGAAGCUGGAAGCAGAGCAUCACGGGGGCUGAGAGCCACCAAGCCGCCUGGCUCACUGGCCAGUGCUGCAGAGCCUGCUUGCUCAGCUGGAAAGACAGGAGAGCUCUCCUGAGGGACUGCCUGAUCCAGGUCUCCAAGGAUCUGGGCCCACAGAGAGAAGAGCUGGAUGGCUGUGGAAACAGCCUGGAGAAAUGGAGAUCCUAUCAGGGUGCUGUGGGGGGAAGCUACAGGAGGGUCUGGGGAAAUCUGUCAUGACAGGAGAGGAGCUCGGGGUGAUAGAACCCAUCCCUGCCGCCCCCCCCACACACACACACACACUCCCAGCUGCCAGGGCAGCAGCAUAGUGGUCCAGGGUCAAGUUCAGCAUUCAGCCUUGCUUCCAGACAUCUGAUCUCUCUCUCUCCUCCGGGGAAGCUGGAGGGUGGAGCCUGCCUCACUCUCCCCAGUGAAGCCUCAGGUCACGGAGUGGUGUGUUUCAUGGAAAGAAGUCUUCCUCAUCCCUCCCACUCUGCCCAUCUAGGUGCAGGAUGAGGGUUCAUGCCCCCACCCCACCCCGGGUUGGUUGUCCAGGCUGGGAUGUCCCCUCAGGAGCACCUGGCAGCAGUCCAGGGCCUUGUUUCUGGACUGGCUGUACCUUCCAGGGUACAGUAGGGAAAGUAGGUGCUAAGCUUACAGAGGCCUGCCCACACUGACACCGGCUGUGAGUGCUGCACAGGGCCCGAGGGUUGGGCCUGCUGCUGCCAACAAGCACAUCACCAUCCGAGGCCUGGGCUGAUGACUCAACUCCCACUAAGUGCCCAUUAGCCCUUCCCAUUUGCAGGGAAAGUAGGACUCCAGCCGCACACACAGCCUGGAGCCCUGGUUUUCCCCAUUUAAGAAGAUUGUACACACGUUUCACAUGCAGUCUUAAUGAAUCUUCAUAUGCCUGUGUGGGUAGAUGUGUCAGCCCCGUUUAGCAGGAGGAAACUAAGGUUCAGAGAGGCUGCAUCACGUGCCAAGGUCACACCACUGGGAACAGCUGAACCAGAACUCAAGCCCAGGUCCUCUGAUAGCUCCCUUAUAUCCAGUGGUGGCCCAGGGGACACUACUCAGCACACCCCUCCCCCCUGGGCAGGGAGACUCUAGUGGAAUACAGGAGGGUAGUGUCUCAACUGCCAGAUGACUGGAACGACCUUAGGGCUUCCCAGGCAGGCACCUUGGCUGCCUCAACGUCAGAGCUUGCGGGCGUGACCUUGUCCCCUCCCCCUCCCCAUGCAGUCAGGAUAGGGCAUGGGGACAACCAGACGGACCACCACGGAUGGGACUUUUGAAGUGCUGCCUUCAGAGGGAAGCCUCCAAGCCACUGUGAAGAUGUGGAAAUACUAAACAUCUUUGAAGGGGCUCUGUGCCACCAAGUACAACGUCCUUUCUAGACGCACAGGGAAACGGAGGUCCAGCAAGUGAAGGGGCUCCACAGGGCAAGAACCCAGCUUCCUUCUGCUGCUCUGUCUGUGCGAGUGUAGACUUGGUCCCACCAGCCCAAGUAGAGAAUGCAGCACUGGGGCAGGAGCGCGCGCACGCGCGCACGCGCACACACACACACACACACACACACACACACACACACACACACACACACACACACACACACACACACACACCCAGAGUGCCAACACCCAGGCACCCUUCUCUACACCUUACUGUCUGUCUCUCUCUCCCUCCCCCCCCCCCGCGUUGGACCCCAGACUCUGCCAUGAUGGGCCCCACGCUGCCUGUCUCCACCGACCUAUAAGCCCCAUAAAGCUAGGAAAAAGUGAUGCCCUAAAAGGAAGUCAUUCCAAAAGUCAGUUAUCAGGAACGCGCUGCACCCACCUCCGCCCCGCCCGCUGCCAACACUAGCCAGUCCCCAGCGGGCCGUCUUCCAACCCUGAAGCGGUAACCUCCUGACCUCUACCGGCAAGAACGAGGAACUGCGCCUCCCCGCCCGUGCAUGCCCUGCCCCUCUGUUUCUUCUCUAACCAAAAGAGCCUCCCGCUGCAUGGACUCUGGCUGUUGUGGACGCAGACUCUAGUGCGCUGCUUAACACCGUUUUGCUACUAUGUAAGGCUGCCAAAACUCCGUUAACUGCAGCCCCACACACUUUUUGUAUAUCCUUCUGAAAUACCCGAAGAUGUCAUUUUUAAGUCUUAUUUGUUAAUAUUUAUAAAGACAUAUACUCCAAAGUAAAUGGGAACACUCAUUGCGGCCA